GAUUGGGAAAGGGGGCGUGCACCGCCCCGCCCCGCCCCGCCCCGCCCCGAGGUGAAACUCCUUUAAGUUGCACUCCUUUAAGCUGUACGCGCCCUGCCGCCAAGAAACACUGCCCGGAACCGCAAGGGUGAGCUGUGUUCUGGGAGCUCUGGCUGUUCGUGAACUUAGAACAGGAACUUGUUUUUGCGAGUCAAAAGGUUGGACAUGCAUGUUUGAAAUGAAUCUACUAUGAACUGAAGAAGACAUGAAGGGACAAAAAAUACCAUCUCUUCUCCAUUUACUUUCUAUUUGUGCUACAUUUUGGGGUUCUAGAGAACAGGAAACUGUAACAGGGCUGUUUUCUAAGGAUGUCAUCCUUCCUUGUCCUUUUCCACCUGGGAAUGAUGAAGUAAUUUACUGGAAGAAAGAGAACAAAAAUGUGCACAGCUACUACGAGCAGAAGGACCAGCUAGAAGGCCAAGACCCAGAUUACAGGAACAGAACACACCUUUUUCAUCAGAACAUUGGUCGUGGAAAUGCCUCCUUGAAACUCAGUAAUGUGGCCUUGACUGAUGAGGGCCUUUAUCAUUGCUAUGUGGGAACAGAGAAAGCUAAAACAGAAGUGGAUGUCAUGCUGCAGGUGCGAGUUCACUCUAUUUAUGCACUGGAUUACCAGAAGACAGACACAGCAAGGAUGCUGAAGUGCUAUGCCUUUCAUACUUAUUUGACACCAAGUAUAACUUGGGUACGAGGCAAUACAUAUAUCCCAGAAACAGGUUGGGAGGAAAUCAGGAAUGGAGUUCUCUUUUCUGUUAGAAGUGACCAGAAUGUUAUAAACACAUCUGAUACUUACUACUGUCAUAUUAAUCUCUCCCGUGAAAACUGGACUGCUGAGUGGAGGAUGCAAGACCAACUUUCAAAAGCUGAAGGAAGUAGCACUACCAUUUCUUGUGAAUACAACAAUAACACUUUACAUGUUGAAGAUUUUACUGUUGCCUGGAAACUAAACAAAAAUGCAGCUAUCUCAGACCUGGCCUCCUUCAAUGGAACACCUAACACUUCCCAGACUAGAUUUCAAAUUGACCAAAAAAACUUUUCACUCAGCAUUAGUAAUCUUAAUGUGGAUGACAGCGGAGAUUACGUGUGCAAUAUUUCAACACCUCACUACACAAGACUUAGAGUGACAACAUUACAAGUUGAACAUGCAGGUAACACCUCAACAGUGAUCGUGACAGUGCUUGUGAUCAUUACCAUUAUCACCAUCAGUAUAAUAAUAUACUGUCUCUAUGAGAAGAGACGCAGAAGAAAUGACCGGACAUACUAAAAGAAACCCUUUCACUGCAAACAGAGGCUCCUGUGAUUGUUGCUGAAAGUAAGCUUGGAGAAAAUAGGACUUCUUUCCUACUGAGUCACACUUGGAGAAAAAUACAUGGCUAAUUACCUGAGCAGCAGAAACAAGCGAGUAAGCAGACAGAAAAAAACAUAUGCAAGUCAAUUGACAUUUGUAUGUGAGCAGUCUGCAUGAAAAACUGAAAUUUGGGUGUAUUAAAGGGACAACAGAAAGGUUUCACAGAAAAUCAAUUUUUGAGGGUUUUUUUUUUUUUUUUUUUUUUUUUUUUUUUGAGGUUUUUAACUGUAAGGGGAAGAGAGGACUUACUGUUUUGCACUUUACUGAAUGUUGUAAUUCCAAAUAUAAAGUGGAAUAAAUCUAAAAGAACACUA